AUGAUGAAUUUUUUUUAUAUAAUUUUCUUGUUGUUUUUAAUAAACUUAUAUAUAUGUGAAACCAAUGGAGCACUCUCUGAAAAUAUUGAAAGUGCUGAAGAAAUAGAUACUUUAAAAACGAGUUUAAGAAAUGGAUAUUUAAAUAAUACAUAUUUUAAUGAAGAAAAAAAUAAUUUAAAUAUAGGAAAUGAAAUAAAUAAUACAAAUUAUAAUGAAGUAACACAAGAAUCAAAAGAAGAAUUAUUUGAUAUUAAUGAAAAUAUUUCCCCAGAUUAUUUUUUUCUUGAUAUCGUUACUGAAAAUAAAGAACAAAAAAAUGAAGAAGUACCAGUAAAAACAGAAGUAGUAAGUAAUGAAGAAGAAUUAGAAACCGAAUCUGUAAUUGAAGAAGUUGAAGUAGAAACUGAAUCUAUAUCUGAUGAAGAAGUAGAAACCGAAUCUAUAUCUGAUGAAGAAGUAGAAACCGAAUCUGUAACUGAAGAAGUUGAAGUAGAAACUGAAUCUAUAAAUGAUGAAGGAGAAACCGAAUCUGUAAUUGAAGAAGUUGAAGUAGAAACUGAAUCUAUAAAUGAUGAAGGAGAAACCGAAUCUGUAAUUGAAGAGAUUGAAAUAGAAACUGAAUCUAUAAAUGAUGAAGAAGGAGAAACCGAAUCUGUAAUUGAAGAGAUUGAAAUAGAAACUGAAUCUAUAAAUGAUGAAGGAGAAACCGAAUCUGUAAUUGAAGAGAUUGAAAUAGAAACUGAAUCUAUAAAUGAUGAAGAAGGAGAAACCGAAUCUGUAAUUGAAGAGAUUGAAAUAGAAACUGAAUCUAUAAAUGAUGAAGAAGUAGAAACCGAAUCUGUAAUUGAAGAGAUUGAAAUAGAAACUGAAUCUAUAAAUGAUGAAGAAGAAGUAGAAACCGAAUCUGUAACUGAAGAAGUUGAAGUAGAAACUGAAUCUAUAAAUGAUGAAGAAGGAGAAACCGAAUCUGUAGCUGCAGUAGUUGAAAAAGUAAACAAAAAUGAUUUAAAUGAUGCUGCUUCAGAGGAAAUUAAGGAUUCUAGUGAUUUUAAAGAAUCGCAUUAG